GUAACUUAUCGAUUAAGAAAGGAAUUCUCGAGUGUAGGCUUAACCGACCCCUUGAUCUCCACUCUCCAUAAAUACUACCUCUCAUCAUCAUAAAUUUCCAAACACCUCAAGAAAAUGUUAGAGCACGGAGGCUAUCAAGCAUACGGUCACGGUGGUCAUGGCUGGGAACACCACAGCCGCGGUGGCUUUCGCCCACAUGGCCGCGGUGGAUUUCACCCAUAUGGUCGCGGUGGAGGACACCCCGGUCACGGAUGGGGACUUCAUGUUCCUCCCCACAGCCGCGGCUGGCCGCAAGUACCCUUUGUCCGUCCACAUGGUCACAUGGCUCAAGGUUGUGGGGCCGACAUUCACGGCGGGCACCUAGUCCCUCCGCACGGUUACAUUUCUGAGGAUUGGGGCCCCCACAUGUUCCACGAAAGAUGCAUACAUGGCGCUGACGGCGGAGAAGAUCAUAACCAUGGCGCCGAUGGCGGUCGUGGGGGUUGUCAUGGCAGGGGCGGUCGUGGUUACGGCAGUCGAGGCAGGGGCGGUAGUGUUCCCCGUGGUCGUGGAGGUGAGGGACAUGAACAUGAUCUUGGUGUGUUCAUUUCUGAAGAUUUGGGCCCCCACAUGUUCCCUGAACGAUGCAUACAUGGUGCUGAUGGCGGAGAAGAUGAUCAUAACCAUGGCGCGACACAUAGUGGCGGCCGUGGGGGUUGUCGUGGCAGGGGCGGCCAUCGUGGCGGAAGGCACCAUUGGCAUGGAGGUCGUGGGGGUGAGGGACACGAACAUGAUCUUGAUGUGCUCAUUGUCGGGCACAUCCCCGAUAUCACCUCGACUUCUGCAUAAAUACAAGAGGAUAUAUACCUGAAGAGUUGAAGAAAUAAAGGACCCGCGAUCCUUAUAACUCAUGUAGUGAUUUGGUUGGAGGCCAGUUGGAGCAGUUGUUUCUCCUUCUGUUUGGCCUAGUGUGUUGUUCCGAAUAUUGUACCUGCUUUACUUAUCUUAUUGUACAACUGUUGCACGGAAAGAAAAAAUACUUUUGCGGAUAUGUAUGAAAUGAAAUACAUGUAAAUUGUACAUAAA